AUGUUUGCGGACCGCGAAAACUUGAUCAUGGAGGCGGUUGCCGCACUUGAGAGGCAGCGUGAGCUGACUGCACGAUCAGAGGGAACCAUGAGUGACUACGAAGAUGACAGUUUACUGGAUACAUACCUUCGGAUUAAGGCAGAGGGGCAGUACAAGGAACCUACGCGCAGUGACAGCAGUUGGAGUGAGCAAUCGGGUUUCGACGAAUUCAACGAACACACGUGGAGUUAUGGCAAUCAAGGAAUUACAGAAACUGCCAGUGAGAUAUGUUCCCAAGGUGGCAGCAGGUUUGACACAUUUCAUGGCACGAGCGCCGGGCAUUACAUCUAUCCUACCGAGCAAUCGCGUCAGGUGCAAGUGCGGAAGCUGGGAAAGGGUUCUCCGGUAAGGAAAAGGGAGGAGCCGUCAUUGGACGAAACUUCUCUUCACAAAGGGAGUGCACGAGUGAAUGAGACAAAGUGGUCGGAUUCUCUUCACAUGGAUGUUGAGCAACUCAACAUAGAGUUGGAGCGCAUAGGGCGAACGGAUCCUUCAUUCCUUCGACAAUUCCGGAAUGUUUAUGGUGAAAUGGAAGAGGAAGAGGGGCGAGAUCAGAAUCAGGAGAUGGAACGCAUUUCUCGGUCACAUGAAGAUGGCAGUCAGAUAGCGUUUGUGAUGACGCCAAAAAGGGAAAAAAAUCUACCGGAGGCUGCCUCUUUAUCUGGUAAAAAUGGGGCACUUACACGUGCAGCCACUCGUUGGAACGAAUAUUUGAUGCGAGACGAAACGACCAUAGAAGUUUCUGACGUGUUUGACUCGGAUGAGGAACACGGGGGAGGUUCAUCGUCACUACAGCACCGAGGGGAUUCACUCAUGGAGCGCCGGCAGCGCACUAAAGAGAAAUGGGAGGCAAAAGAACUACAGGAAUGUACCUUUCGCCCACAACUGUCCCGCGCAUCAGUUUCCAUGUUUCAGAAAAGCUCGCAAAGCAGAGACAGCGUUUUUCAGCGGUUGUACCAACGUAACUUCGCGGGAAAACGCUCGGAAGGUGGCAACAACAGUAGCGUACGGGAACUUCUGCUAGCUGAAAAAGAUCAGUUGCGUGAAAUGUAUGGAGGUGCGACGUCGACAAAGGGAGGCGCGGAUUCGUUCGAAUUGUUUAUGUUUAAUAUACUGGGCUCAAAAGACGAACAAAAAGCUGCAUUCGUCGACACAAAAUAUCAAUCCCCUUUAGCGCGUAAACUUAUGACUGUAAGGCAUGAAAACACAUUCAACCGCACAACUUCGUAUAAUGGAGGUCAUCACGACAGCGGUAGUAGUAGGGGCGCGAGCUUCGAUAGUUUUUUGCUACGCCAGGACAAGCAUUUAGCAAACCGCACACGCACUGUGCGACAAAUUGAGGAGUCUCAGCGUCCAUCGUUCAAACCGCAGAUCACUAACACCAGCGUGCGGAUCGCGAAGAGGCUACUUGCGAGAAAUGAAUCUGAAGUUGGGAACGUGAAAAGCGCUCCUACGCUCGCGGCGGCAGUGAAAAAGCACCGUUCCCCUUAUGUUGACCCGUGCACAUUUAAACCAGAAACAGCUCCUGGUUCUAGUGGUGCAAAACCUUCUGGUGUUGAGGUGUUGUUUCUUGAUAGCGUGCGUCGAAGGAAUUCAAUAAAGGCUGCACAGGAGAAGGCGCGCUCAGCGGAGAUGAAGCACCCAUUUAAACCAACACUCAACGAUGAGCGGAACCGGAACGUGGAGUCUUACUUGAGUAGCAAACACCUCGUAGCAUACACGGAGAAUCUAAAACGACAGAAAGAGAGAUUGGCGGAAAUGAGGGAGCAAAAAGAACGUGAGAAGGAGCGAGAAAUGGCUGAACAAGCCACCUUUCGUCCAAAGAUAUCACGAACGCCGGCAUAUAUUAGAAGAAUGGCGUCGAGCUUUGCACUUGUGCGCCAACAGUGCGCAAACUAA